AUGAAGCCAGAAGGUGAAGCUAACGGUGUGGUGGUCGGGAAUGGCUGUGUACCCGGAAAAAGUGAGGAAAAUAUGAAAUUACGUGACGAUAUUGGUUGUGAAAGACAGUUGAUAUCCGCCUCAGCCUCCGCGCGAUUCCGUGAAAUGCUGGAGGGGUUAAAUGUCCCAGGUGAUUCAGGGAACCCCCCGGUGGCUCCCCCGUGGCUGGACAAGGUGCUGUUCAAUAAAGGAAGACAGUUUUACCAGCGUUACUUCUUCUGCGUCUUCAUGUCUGACCUGGUGUCGCUACUCAUGCUGUUUACAGUGAACAGAAUUCUGCGGCCGCUGAUGUACACGGGCCGAUCGGACACGGCGCUGAAGGCUCUGCGGCGGUACGUGUCCACCAUAUCCCACGUCAUCGCCUGGUACAGCGGGGACAUGUGGGACCCGGCAGACCCUGCACAUAAAGACAUAAUGCAAGUCAGGCAGAUCCACAAGGCUGCUGCUAAGACAUUCAACUCGCCUACGCACGUUCAGAAGGUUGACGCCGCUUCCAUCACCACCACCGCCGCCGCCGCUGCCUCGGAAUGUGCCUGCCCCUUCGCUGCGCCGCUUAUGCAAGACCUACACGCCCACCACGAUACAGGAGUGGAGUUAGAAGCUAAAAAUACAUUAUAUAUCAGCCAGUGGGACCAAUUGUUCACCCAGUACGGUUUCCUCGGGGUAAUGGUAGCGCACCCUUGGCGUAUGGGGGCUUGGCGGGUGACGGAUGAAGAAAUGGCGGGUUUUAUACACUUCUGGCGCGGCGCUGGGUGGUUGCUAGGCAUAGAGGACAAAUAUAACUUCUGCAAUGGGACUGUGGAGGAAACCAGAGCGUUGUGUAAGGAAAUGGAAGAUCAUGUAGUGAAACCCUGUCUGUCUCGCGCCGGAAGGGACCACGAGAUCAUGGGAACAGCAUUAAUAGAUGGUUUAAGUACUGUGGUUCCUUUCUUCUCCUAUCCAGCUGUUCUAAGACUCCUUGGGGAUGUCCUUGAGGUUCCUAUGCCUGCUGUGACGGCGAGGAUGAGCGGCAGGCAAAGAUUUCAUUACGUAUUCAUUAGAGUGGUUCUGCAUGGGCUGUUCCUGGUGCCUGGUGUGGUUUGGGUGUUCAAUGAGAUGCUGAAGGCGGGUUUAAAGGCUGUGCAGGGAAAACAUUCGUGGUGGAAGACUACCCAUAAGGUGACGCCAUAUUCCUACUGAGAGAGAGAGAGAAAGAGAGUGUUAGUUGUAUUGAAAAGGAUACUAAAACGUGUGAUAGAGAUGAGAAAGGAAAUGUGAGUGAUACCAAGAAAAAAGAAGGAAAAAUUAAGGAUAAAAGAGGCUACGGAGAAAGGAAAAUUGUUACGAGAGAGAGAGAGAGAGAGAGAGAGAGAGAGAGAGAGAGAGAGAAUAUAUUUUAAGUAAUGUGUAAUUAUUGUUGUCUGUUAAGUAUAUAUUCCACCGUUGUUGUUUGUUCGUUCGUCUGUCUGUUACUCUGAAUU